AAAAAGACCAAAGCUUCUCCUCCUCCUCCGGCUUUCCCUUUUCUGUUCUUCCUUCCACUCGCAAACUCUCCAAGAAGAAGAAGUUGCGAGCCAAUCCCCGCUUGCGAUCCCGACCUGGCCACGGAUGGUGGGCGGCGGCGGCGGCGGGGAGGCGGCAAUGUCGCCGCCUUCGGGCGGCGGGAAGCGCGGGAGGGAUCCGGAGGAGGACGUGUACGUGGACAACCUCCACUCCCACAAGCGCUACCUCAGCGAGAUAAUGGCAUCCAGUUUGAAUGGAUUGUCUGUCGGAGAUUCACUGGUUGACAAUAUCAUGGAGUCCCCUGCGAGGUCGGAGAAUACCUCUUAUUUCAGGGAUGAAAUAAUAUCCCAAUACUCACCAAUGUCUGAAGAUUCAGAUGACUACCGGUGCUACGACACUCAAUUACCCAAUGGAAGUCAAACCGAUGCAAUGGUUAGCCCUUCAACUAGUCCAAUGUCAUCCCCACACCGAUUCCAGAAACCACAAUCUGGUCUUUUAUCCGCAAACCCGUACCCUCUGCCCAGCUGCUCACUCUCGUCGGUCGUCUGCUCUAAUCCUCGUCGUGGCUCUGAAAAUGAAGGCCGGUUCCCAUCUUCUCCAAAUGACAUGUGCCAUGGAGGUGACCUGAGGAAAACAGCACUACUGAGGUCAGUGCAAAUGAGGGUUCAGGGACCACAUGCAUAUGAACUGUCGUUCUGUGGCAGACAAGAACAAGAACAUGCACACGACCAUGAGGAUGAACAUCAGCAUGAACAUCUAGAGGGUUUGGAAGGGGCAGAAAGAUCGUCAUCACAUAGAGAAACAAUCAGUGAUGGAGUCAGUUACCAGAUGCCGGAAAACAGCUAUGGGCGACCAGAGCAUGAUAUAGAUUACAUUGAGGAUUGCACCCCGCAUGGUUGUCUGAGUGACCUCAAGUUUAAGCAAGAGGACAAGGACUGUAGUAAACUAACCAGCAUGGAUAAGAAUAGGUAGCAGAGAGAUCACACCAUAUGCCAUUUUCCUGGAAAUUAUUUUUGUGGGAGAUUAUGGCUCAUAUGCUUAUGAUAAUUCUGAUUGAUGUUCAAUCCACUGUAACCCCUAGUAUGAACAUGUGCUUUUCGAGAUCCUGAAAUUGUAACCUUUGAGUAAAAUUAACCCCUGAAAUGCGGUAUUUUAGCGCCAUUUGAUUGUCUACACAACCUCAAAAUGGUAUGAACUGAUACAUCAUUCUGUGCUAUAGCUUCGCCGGUUGGGAUCAUGUACAAAUGGAACUAAAUGUUCCUGGAUGAAAUUUAACCUUAGCAGUUACUGCUGCAGAACUUUAUUUUCUGGAUUUGUGCAUAUCACCUCAGGUUAUUAGUACUUGACAGUAUUUACUGCUGCAGAACUUCUUUAUUUUCUGGAUUUGUGCAUAUCGUUCUUAUUUAACUCUCAGGUUAUUAGUACUUGACAGUAUUUACUGCUGCAGAACUUUUAAAUUUUCUGGAUUUGUGCGUAUCAUUUUUGGGCAGGGCCAUUAUUUUUUUUUCCUCUUAUCUUAUAUGUAUUGUUGAUUUGUUCCAGCUCUACCGGAUGUCUGCAAAGACACUCCGCAACUUAUAAUAUUCAGUUGAUAAUCUGAACGAACGGAAUUACAGUUGUCGUUCAAAAUCGUUCCAAUUACAGUUGUUUUUCUGCAUCUACAAGAUUAAACUUAUUAUGGUUGGUUUGAAUAAACGUUUUGUAGUCUAUCUCAGCUGAAACUGGUUUCUACAGUUGCUUUCUAACUAUAUAUAAAACGCUGAUAUAAUUAAAAUAUUUUAAUUUCGAACCAAGCUCGAAGAAGGCAGAACUAGCUUGAUGCCCAUCCCCUACACAUACACUGAACAAAACAAAAUAGGAGCAACUCCACAUUCUUCAAACCCAAAAGCAAAAGCAACAUAUGCUCUCUUUCACCAGGGUAAACAGAAAUAAUGUAAACUGAAUUAUCAAAUUAUUGGAUUGACAAACGUAGAACGGUGUCAUCACUCAUCACGGGAUGGUUACAAAACCUCUUGUGUUCUUGAGUAAACUAGCUGAUUGCUAUGUCAAUCCCUGUAACCACAAAAGCAAAUAGCAGAAAGAAAAAAAAAAGAUCAUGCCGGGCAGUGGGAUACAUGUUUGUUCAACAGAAUACCCAACUAACGAACUUCCAUUGCCAUCUCUUGCUGAUAUCGAUAUUGCCUUUUCUUUUCAUUUCUUUCUGUUUUCCAUUCUUGGAGACAGGCAUUGCGCUACUGACUAUACCCCAAUUGCUCGUCGGGGUACG